GUGUUACGGUUGUGCACUAGCCUCAACCGAACAGUGUCUUACGUUGCUGCGUGCCAUGGCUUCAAACAUGGCGUGCCGCGUUGGCCUGUGCAGCCAGGGAUUGGUGGAAGAGCUGGCAACGAAUAAUUUGCGCCGCGGAACUACCCAGCUGCAGGAUGAGGUACGACAGUUGCUGUGUUUGCUGACCCGCGAUCUUCCUGACGCUACGGCUGGCCUUUGUCGUUUGCUACAAGACCGUGUGAAGAUGGCCCUGUCCGGCACGGUUCCACAUGCCUCCCUCGUGACGGCGGUACGCCAUGAGAUGGCUUUGCUCGAAUCGAUGGUCGGGCAGGAGGACAGCUGCUGGGAGAUGAAGCUACGUACGGUUGUGGAGCUGUUCUUGCAAGCAUCCCGCGAUCCACGGGGCCCGGCAACAGCCGUCAUUCAUCCGUGUCUCCGCAUCGUGCAAUCACUGAUUUGUCCCCCGCUGGCACGCCACAAGGAAGCGACGGUCUCGCAGCUCUGCACCGUUCAACCAACCGACGGCGUAACGCUGAGCUACGAGAAGUGGAUUGCUGGUGAUGUGAACCAUAGCUUUACCUCGUGGAAAGCCAGAAUGCCUCCAACGCGUCCCAAGUCCACUAGCGGCACCACGAACAACGCCAGCGGUGGGCAACGUCAACGGACGGUAGAAAUGGAUGUGUCAUCGACACCACCGCCGCCUGCGGUUGGAUUCCGGUCCGCCUUGGAGCAACGGCGUAAUGCGGUGCGAAAUGCAUAUUUGAUGGAGAAGUACGCCCGUCGUUGGCGUCAACGUGCGCUCGCUAAAGGCGUGGCACCGAUCCCGUUGGAACUGCACGCGUCCUGGCUGCAACCGAUACUGUUUAACACCAACUCACGGCUAGGCCGUACGAUGGCUUGUGCACUGAUCGCUUCGCUUAGCCGCACGGUAGAACGAAAGCGAGAAAUGCUGAACCUAUUAACUGGCUUCCUGCGUUACGUCGGCGAGAGUGGCGAAGCUAGCGGUGAGUUCCUUACCGUAUACCGUCUGAUAGCGGACGAGUGUCCAUCACGCCAGUACCUGGCGCUGAACGGUGUACUGACACUGCUGGUGCAGCUCGUCACCGUGGAGAUCGAAAAGAUCCAUUGUCUCGAAGAGACGACUCUGUCGACGGACCUGGCGCAGGGAUACGCCCUGCGGCAGCUUGUCGAACUGAUGGCCGUGUUCCUGGAUAAUGCGCAAAUCCGCAAAACCUACAAGGGUAAGCUGCUCGGACCGGUGCUGCAGGGCUAUCUGGAUCUGUGUAAGCUGAUCGUACAACGAACGCGUCUGAUCGAUGAUGCCCAGAACAAAUUGCUGGAAAUGCUGGAAGAGAUGACGACGGGUACGGAGGAGGAAACGGCCGCAUUUAUGGCCGUGUGCAUCGAUACCGUCCGCCGGACGCCGACGAGCGACGUUAAGACGCCCGUGUUCAUGUUCGAGCGUCUCUGCUCGAUCAUCCACCCGGAGGAGAACGAUGUCGGCGAGUUCUUCCUGACGCUCGAGAAAGAUCCGCAGCAGGAGGACUACCUGCAGGGCCGGAUGUUGGGCAAUCCGUACUCCUCGAAUGAGGCCGGCCUGGGACCGCUGAUGAGAGACGUCAAGAACAAGAUCUGUAUCGAUUGCGAACUGGUAGCGCUGCUGGAUGAUGAUAAUGGCAUGGAGCUACUGGUGCACAACAAGAUCAUCAGUCUGGACCUGCCGGUAAAGGAGGUGUACAAGAAGGUGUGGCUACAGGAGGGUGGCGAUCGGGAUGGAAUGCGCAUCGUGUACCGUAUGCGUGGUCUGCUCGGCGAUGCAACGGAAGAGUUUAUCGAAACACUGAAUGCCAAGAGCAAGGAAGAGGUGGACAACGAGCAGCUGUACCGCAUGGCGAACGUGUUGGCCGAUUGCGACGGUUUGAAGGUAAUGCUGGAUCGCAUCGGCAGUCUGCAGAACGUGUCCAAGUCACGGACGCUGCUGCAGGUGUUGCUGAAGUUGUUCUUGCUUAGCGUGAAGGUACGCCGGUGCCAGGAAGUGCUCUGUCAGCCGGAACUUGGCGCAAUCAAUACUUUGCUCAAGGUGCUACAGCUUUGUCUGCAGAGUAGCGAAAGUGAUGCCCAGCAGUCCGCCGUUACGGAACAGCUGCUUGAGAUCAUGGAAACGAUCCUUUCGAAAGCUUCCUCCGACACUCUUGAUUCGUUCCUGCAGUUCUCGCUUACUUUCGGUGGCCCGGAGUACGUGCAGGCGUUGCUAUCGUGCACGAAUUGCUCGAAUGUUCGCUACAACCCGUCCGUACUGCGGCAUCUGAUCCGUGUACUGGCCGCGCUCGUCUACGGCAACGACAUCAAGAUGGCCCUGUUGUGCGAGCACUUCCGGGCCAUAUUCGAUUUCGAUCAGUUCGAUGGGGAACGUACGGCGGAGGAAGAGUUCAAGAUGGAACUGUUUUGCGUGCUGACGACGGGCAUCGAGCACAAUUCAAUCGGAGGCACCCUGAAGGAUUACAUCAUGGGGCUCGGAAUAGUCGACCGUGCCCUGGAGUACAUCCGUUCGCACGCUCCGUGCGUGAAACCGACGCUGCUGCGAACCGACUCGGACGAACUGAAGGAAUUCAUCUCUCGUGCCUCACUGAAAUACAUCCUGCGCUUCCUGACCGGGUUGGCGACGAAGCACGAAGCGACUCAGUUGGCUGUAGCGAAGGACAUCAUACCGAUUAUCCAUCGGCUGGAACAGGUCUCGAGCGAUGAGCAUGUGGGCUCGUUGGCCGAGAAUUUGCUCGAAGCGCUCUGCACGGAACCGGCCACGGCCAAGCGCGUGCAGGAGGUGCGCGAUUUCACGCGCGCCGAAAAGAAGCGUCUGGCGAUGGCCACACGCGAGAAGCAGCUCGAUGCGCUGGGUAUGCGUACUAACGAGAAGGGUCAGGUCACGGCCAAGGGUGAGAUUCUGUCGCAAAUCGAGAAGCUACGCGAAGAGACGGGACUGUCGUGUUUCAUUUGCCGCGAAGGCUAUGCCUGCCAGCCCAACAAGGUGCUUGGUAUCUACACCUUCACCAAGCGUGCCAAUGUGGAGGAUUACGAGAUGAAGCAGAAGAAGACGGUUGGCUAUACGACAGUGACGCACUUUAACGUUGUGCACGUCGAUUGUCAUAUGAACGCGAUUCGAUUGGCCCGUUCGCGCGAUGAAUGGGAGAGUGCCUCGCUGCAGAAUGCCAACACGCGCUGCAACGGUCUGUUGCCGCUCUGGGGACCGGACGUAAGUGAAUCAUCGUUCUCUUCCUCGAUGGCACGCCACAACAACUAUAUGCAGGAGUGCACGCAACGCUGUGAGAUCACCUUCUCGAGCUCGAUGCACGAUCUCAAGUUGUUGCUGUGGCGCUUUGCUCAGGAGAAGAGCUUCCAUGAAGAUGCCGGAGGUGGUGGUCCACAGUCAAACAUGCAUCUGGUGGCGUAUCUGCUGUUCUAUGGACUGUACACGUUGCUCUCCUCACGGUCGUACUCCCGCGAAGAGAUGAUUCUCAGCGCGUUCAUCGCUCUGAAACCCUCGGAACGUUGGCUCGAGUGUGCGUAUGAGGCGGAAGGUCCGCUGUAUCUGCUCACGAUGUCGCUGGCCCUGCACACACCGGAACUAUGGACGCGCCACAAGCUGGUGCAUUUGCGACGACUGAUCGCCAUCGGUCAUGCGCGUCACGUGAGCCCCAACACGGUCUGUAAGUUCCUGGCGCCGAGUGACAAGCGACCGAAGGAUUACAGCAUCUACAAACCGUACCUCAUGUUCUGGGGACUAAUCGAUCUGAUUUAUCGCGACGCGUUCCGCACCGUCACCACACCGAAGGACGAAGAUUGGCCCAUCUCGCUGUUCAACUACAUACGACGCAAUGAUGAGUCGCUGCUCAAGUCCGCCGACAACACGCUGCAAACGUUCACCGAAGAGUACCUACCGUGUGCUUCCUUUGGCGAGUUUUGUGAUGUUGCAGGAUUGCUGGGAGACAUUGAGAACCCCGAUGGAUGGAUCGAAGAACUGCUUCAGGCACUACCAUCACCGGGAAGUUCUAGUAGCGGCAGCAGCAGCAGCGGCGGAGGAGCAAGCGCCGGUACCAGUAGUGGAGCAACCGGAGGCGAAUAACUUAUCACAUACAAGCAGCACGCUGAUUAGCAGAAGCCGCGUACGCUGGCAAAUUAUUCAAUAUUUCAACCAUUUUUUCAUUGCAAUUAUGUGUGUUUCCAAAUCGAGCAACUUUCCUAAAUGGAAGCUAGCACAAGACGCUUUUUGGGCACAGCGAGGGGCAAGCGACCCCCGAAUUUAACACAGCAUAACAACUAUACAUUAUUCAAGAAAGCAUUAGCUUAUAUUAAUCCACAUAUUUAAUAAAUUUCAUGUAUUACUCCAAGUA